AACGCGCACGAAUAGUACAAAAAUUAUACAAGAUUAAAAGUAACGAAAGCGAAUUAAUAUAAAAUUAUAUAGAUAUUAUUAAAUAAAAUUAAUAACAGAUUAUGUUACGGGCUUAUUUGUUUUUAUUUUCAUCGAUUGUGGCCUUGUAUUAAACAAAAAUUCAUAAUUAUAAUAAAAUGAAAAAAGAAUUUGUGCUAAUUACGAUUGCAUGAAUAAAUUAUGUUCUUUAAAGAAUAUUAAAAAAAAGUGUGAAAAAAUAUACAUAUAUCUGCAAAAUUGUGUUAAAUGCCCUCCCUUUUUGAAAAAUAACACAGAGUGAAAUAAGAUAACGAACUACUUUUGUUCCCCACUCGUCCCCAUUAUAUACUAUCUGAAUAGGUACCUUCAUAUAUGUAUAGGUACAUAGUUAUAUAUUUAUAUAGGUAGUACGUGAAUAUUAUAUCUGGUAUUUGCUGGUGGAGAGAUAAAGAAUGACGCUAAAAUUUAUUUCUACUAUAAAUUAAUAUUUAAUAAUGGAAGUGUAAAAAACGACCACGUGAAAGUGAAUGAAAAACGUAAAAUUGUGUUUUUUAUGUUGUACAUACUUAAUAAAUAACAUAAUAAUUUAGUACAAUUUACCUGCAUUUUAAUAAACAAUUUAAAUUGUAUUCAAAUUAAACAGAAAUUUUGAAGUGUAUUUGUUCUCAUUUGGUUUUUAAUACCUAUUUUCUCUAUCCACGAGAUACAAGAUACACAAGUGCACUUAGUGUUUGAAUUACAUACAUAUUUAUUGAAUGCAGUGCUUUUCCACUGUGUUUUUGUGUAUGAGUAAGUGAGCAAGUGAGUGAGUGAGUGAGUGAGUACCUGUUGUGAGGUGUUAAACGUAUUUUAGACGAAGGUUAAAUGUUAGCCACGGUUUAACAAAGAAAUUAUUUACAAAAAUAAAAGAAAAUGUUAAGUGUUUUUAUUUUGGGUUUAUAACUCAACUCAGAUACUCGAAUGUAAAUGGAAACAAAGUAAAGUUGUAGUUAGGUACGUUGAAUAUGCAACCAACCGACCAACCAAACAAUUUUUAAUCUGUUCAAAAGUAACGAGUAUAUUUUCGUAUGCGCUAAAACUCAUCCAUCUACUAAAACGAUCUCAUUCGUGUUACGUUUCCAAGUAAAUGCAAAAUACUACGAAAUGCUUUAAGCGUGUAUGUCAAUGCCAAACAGCAACACCAACAAAAACAACAGCAACACCAACAAUAAAAACAAUAACGACAGCAACUACUACAAACUACUACAUACUAGGAAUUCUUCGUCUACUUUAGCUUCUUUUUAUUCAUCUUUAACAGCAACAACAACUUGGUGAAGUUUUUUUUAUUUUUAUAUUUUAAAUAAAAUAAUAAAACAAAUCUAAACAACAACAACAACAACUACAAGAAUAACAAAACAAAACGACCGGCCCUGAUAUCUUUAAGAUACACCUUUGAAGAAACACUGAGAAAUAACUUAAAAAUACAUGUAAUAAAAGAGCCACAGACAGCAACAACAAUAACAACACCAGCAAAAACAACAUUAAACAAAAACUACGAAUAUUUUUGUUGUCUUUGGAUUUUUUUCUUCAUACAAAUAAAAAUAAGCACGUUUCAGUGAACACGAGAGUGAGAGAACAACGAUUAGAGGAGAAAAUCAGAAAUUAAAUUAACAACAAUAAUAACAAAAACAAAAACAAAAAAGAAAAACAAAAUUAAAUUAAAAAAAGAAAGAAAAUAAAAAUAAUACAAAUUUACUGAACAACCAACAACGUGACCACUGACCGGUUUUUGCGCUUAUUUUAUGUUUUCUGUUCUUUUUAUUUUCACAUAUCUCUGCCAAAGUUAUUUUAAACAACAAAAAAAUCUCAACACACACAAUACGGUCUACAAUUAAGGCCUAAAUAACAAGGUCCUAAAAUAAAACACAGCGACAAAAAUGUUGAAAUAAUUUUAGCGCCCCAUUUUUAAAACGAAACCCAAAAUAAACUAACGAUAAAAAUAAAGCAAAAAAAAAUAAAAAUUAUGAAUAUCCAGUGAAUUCUUGAGAAUAUAAAAAAAUAAAAUUCAAACUUACAACUACAAUUAACACUUCAAAAUGUCAUUGCUUCCAACUACUUCUGGGAGCUUUUCUCUCGGACUCAUACUAUUAAUCCUGCACAUCUUCACAACGUCUUCGUUCAAUCUGGAGAAUCGUCUGCCCAUUGUGAAAUUCAAUGCGAAUCCCUCAUCGUACUUUGGUUAUUCCAUUGCUACCCACACAGUUGGUGAAUACAAUUGGCCAAAUAAUACAAAAUGGCUUCUGGUUGGCGCUCCUUUAGACAAGAAUUUACAGCCUGGUACCAAUCACUCUGGUGCUUUAUACAAAUGUCCCAUAACCCAAAACCUUGAUGAUUGUGAACAGAUAAUUACUGAUGGGCGAAGAUCGCCUGAAGGAGUCUAUGAACCUACUUUCGAUAGUGAUGAUAUUGAGGAAUUGACUGAACCAUCGUAUGAUGAAAUCAAGGAGGACCAAUGGCUGGGCGUUACAGUUCGCAGUCAAGGCUUGGGCGGCAAGGUUUUGGUUUGUGCCCAUCGCUACAUAACAAAAGUGCGUGAAAAUCGUUAUGGCCAAGGUCUAUGUUAUGUUCUAACCAAUGAAUUGAGUUACGAUGAAGUGUAUGAACCAUGUAAAGGCCGAACUGUUCAAAGAGCGCAUGAAGAUUAUGGUUUUUGCCAGGUGGGUACUUCGGGAGCCUUGUUGGACGACAACACUAUGGUCUUGGGUACCCCCGGUCCGUUCACAUGGCGGGGAACUGUGUUCGUGACGGAAAUUGGUGGCGAAUAUUUGGAACGUGAUAAAAAUAUGUAUUAUGGUGAUCAUUCGGACACAUCUGCACCGGUCGAUAAGUACAGUUAUCUGGGUAUGUCUGUGACGGGUGGUCGUUAUUUUGGCGAACGAAUGUCGUAUGCUGCUGGAGCACCUCGUUCAAAUGGACAUGGUCAAGUUAUAAUAUUUGAUAAGGACAACAGAAAUCCCAUACCAGUACACAUGAUCAUAGAGGGUGAACAAUUUGCAUCUAGUUUUGGAUACGAGUUGACUACUGCUGAUAUCAACGGUGAUCAGAAACCCGAUCUUAUAGUGGCAGCUCCCUUCUACUUCAAUAAAAGUGAAGGUGGUGCUGUGUACAUCUAUCAAAAUGCUAAAGAUAACCUGCCAUAUAAGCCAACGCUCAAGUUGACAGGAUCAUUUGAAAGUCGUUUUGGUUUGGCUUUAGCCAAUAUUGGUGAUAUAAAUAAAGACAAUUGUGAAGACUUGGCUAUCGGAGCCCCAUAUGAGGAUGACGGAGUGGUUUAUAUUUAUUUGGGAAGUAGAAAUGGUUUGAAUAGCAAAGCGUCCCAGCGCAUCCAAUCAAGUGAUUUAGGCCUGUUACCUAAGCCCAUUAAAACAUUUGGCAGUUCAAUAACAGGUGGCACCGAUUUAGAUGGAAAUUCUUAUCCAGAUAUUGUUGUAGGAGCAUACAAUUCUUCAGCUGUAGUUGCAUUGCUGUCACGUCCAAUCAUUAGUAUACAAACUAAAUGGAGAAGUAAUGAAAUGAAAAAUAUUGAUCCUACUAAGGCAGGCUGCGUAACAGAUGCCUUUACCAAUCUGACCUGUUUCACCUUUGAAGCCUGCUGCUCCAUUGAUCCGUAUGAACAGGCGUCGGCAAAUAAAGACCUAAAGCUUAUGUACACGGUGGAGGCCGAAACGUUUGCGCCUAAUAAGAAAUUUUCUCGUGUAUUCUUUGAUCGUGAUAACAAGAUAAGCAAUGUUAUCAAACGGGAAGUUACUGUCCGUACCGAUGGACGUCUUUCCUGUCAAAGAGUUACUGGGUACAUCAAAGAAAACACGCGUGAUAUUCAAAGUCCCAUUAAGUUGAGAUUAAAUUAUACUUUGGUGGAAUCAAAACUGCCGGACUCGGGACUGAAAUCCUUAAACCCGAUACUAGAUCAAACACAGGCUAAUAUAGAGUUCGAGGGAACAUUCCAGAAAGAUUGUGGAGAUGAUGAUAUUUGUGAGAGUAACUUGCGACUUAAUGCCGAAAUUGACUUAAAUAUGGAGAAUGAAAACUAUGCAUUGAUUUUGGGUGAACAAGAAGAAAUCCGUGUAAAUAUUAAUGUAUCCAAUUCAGCAGAUUCCGCCUACGAGACACAAGUAUUUGUUGUGCACCAAAAGAGUGUCUCGUACAUAGCUGCCCUUAAAACGAGCACCGCCAUUUGCAAUCGCUACAAUGAAACGGUUGUUGCGUGCAGUCUUGGUAAUCCCAUGCGAAGAGGUACAGCCGCUCAAGUUUCAAUACGUUUUGAUCCGAGCGGACUAGAACUGGACGAGCGUCAAUUAACUUUUAAUAUUUUCGCUAACACGACUUCUAAAUUGAUUGGUGAACAUAAGCCCGAAGUAAAAUUAGAUGUUCAUGUUGUGAAGAGAGCAGAAUUAAGUUUACAGGGUUGGGCUAGACCGGAACAGAGUUUCUAUAGUGGUGACGUUAAGCUCGACAAUUCCAUGAUGCAGAUGGAAGAUGUUGGAUCACAAUUAAUUCAUACAUAUCAGAUCUAUAACGAAGGACCUUGGAAGGCUCCGAAAGUACAGUUGACCAUUUAUUGGCCCUAUCAGGUGUUUAGUGAGAAAGAUAAACGCGAUAAAUGGCUUUUCUAUUUGGAAGAAAUGCCAGUUAUAGAGAAUGUGCGACAGGGCGAAUGUUUUGUGCCAUCAGAAUAUAUCAAUCCGCUUAAGCUAACAACCAAAUCGAAAUCCAACCACAUUGUUGAUGAUCUUCUCUUGGGACCAGCUCCAUAUAUGAUGAGACCAAUGAAUAAGUCCCACUUUAGCCACCGAAAUUUCAAUGAAAAGUCUUCGUACAGCAAACAGGUAAACACCGAGGAAACAUCGUCACUAAAUCGACUAAGAAGAGACACAUUAACUAGAAUCAUACGACCGGAAAGAUUUAUGGAUAUAAGGGAUCAUAAAAAUAAAAAAAGGGAUAUAGUCGAAUUGGACUGUAAUAAGGCCACGGCAAACUGUAUUAAAAUAAUAUGUGAAAUAUACAAUAUGCCACCAAAUACUGAAGCCUAUGUGUAUGUUAAAGCCAGACUUUGGAAUUCAACGCUUGUCUCUGAACACCCAAGGGCGGAUGCAGUUAGAAUUAUAUCGACAGCACAUGUACAAAUUCCUCUGGAAUUUAGAGUAGAACAAACUCAGACAGCCGAACCCCUCCUGGUGGAAACAAGAGCGUAUCCAGAAUUAAUAGAUCAACAGAGAGAUACUUCACUGCCAUUGUGGAUUAUAAUUCUAGCCAUUAUAGGAGGACUGCUGGUUUUGGCCCUCUUUACCUAUGCCAUGUGGAAAUGUGGAUUCUUCAAAAGAAGAAGACCAGAUCCUACAUUGAGUGGCAAUUUGGAAAAGAUGAAUGAAGAAAAACCUUUUUUAAAUUCUAAAAACAAUCAACGAGUUUUCUAACAACAAGGGACUGUUGGGUGGGACCUAUUGCAACAACAAAAACACUCAACGCCUAAGCCACCCAAAAAAUGCUUUGGCAAAACUACUACUACUACUGCUAGUGAUACUACUAAUGAUUAUGAGAAUAAUUUUAAUCAAAACAACAACAACAACAUCAGUACUAAUAACAACAACAAUAUUUGUGAUACAAACAUUGAUGAGAGCUGUGUCAUUGAUUGGGGCACUUUGCGCUAAAUAAAUUGUAACUUACAAACAUACAUAUCGCACACCCAGUUCAAAAGUGACACAACUCAAAAUUAAUUUGUAGGGUUAUAUAAACCCGAAAAAUGAAUUUUACGCUUAAACUAUGCACAAUAUACUUGUUUAUCUAUACAGAAGAUAUCAGUGUAUUCUGUUGUUGUUAACUGUGGCUAAAAAAACCCUAAUGUCUUUCAUUAUGUUUCAAUUGGUAUAGGUAUAUGUAUUUAUUUUCGAUUUCUGAAAAAUUAAAAUUUUAAGUUGUGUCACUUUUGAACUGGGUGUGCGAUAUGUACGUAGGUAGAUAAUUUAAGAAGGAAUCACACAAAUUCACUAAUUUCAGUGCCAUUUUUAUCAAAAGUUUUUUUUUACUUCAUAAUUCAAUAUUGUAAUAUUUUAUUAAUUUAAUUACUAUCAGUUAAUCUAGUUUAGUCUUUUGUAAUUAUUGUAGCAUAAAACAAAAAUAAUCUUAUAGAAAAAACUGUUUAUAUGUUAUAAGAAUUAAAUUAAGUUAGAGGCACAUUGAUAUUGUGACUGAACAGCGGCAGCUCGAUAUGUAUGUAUUUACACAUCCAACAUUGUAUUUAAAAUGUUUCACCAAAGCAAUGUCUUAAUGCUUCGAUCUAUUCCGAUUGUGUUUCUACAUUUAAAUUUAAACUUAAUUCAAACUUCUAAAGUUGUAGAUAUUUUAUUAUUUAUCUAUUUCAUUACUAAACAAUUUAACCCAAUACUGCCCUA